UACACCGGCUAAUUACUUUCGAGCUAGAACCUACGAGAAUUAAACGUCCAACAAACGUUGUAAAGUUGAGUCAGAAUUAUAGUUUGGUGUAAUUGGAAAAUCAAAUCAUGUCUACAUCUUUACAUUCGACUACAUUAGUCAUCAUCUCACUACAUUUGAUUCCAAUUGAAGAUGUGGCAGCAAAUUCGAGUAUAUCAACAAUGCGAUUACGAAAUGAUAUGGAACCCAUUGGAUCUAUAGACAACAUCAUCUAUUCAUUCUUAGGCAGCGACAAAGUCAUUCUGAAUGAAUAUAUUCAAAUAAUGAGUGACAUCUUGAGUGCUGAUAUCUUCAGAGAACAUUUGAAGUUUCUGUCUCAAAUAAAAUUAAAAUGCCUCCCGAAAGUUUAUUCGAGAUUGAAGAAGGUCACCCCUAACGAUUUUAGUCAUUGUCAACACCUCCAUAGCAAUUUGAUCAACAUUUUUGGAAACAGAAUUUUAGAAGCUUGUAAAAACUCCGAUUCAUUCACUAAAUGCCUGAAAAAUGCAAGAAAAAGUUUGUCGGAUGAUUAUGAUAAUGUAGAGGAAGAUAUUUUGGAGCUGUAUUUAAAUGAGGUUGUAGGAGGAAAAGAUACUUGUAUGGGUGAUAUAAUCAGACAAUUGAAAAUUUUCAGUGAUUUAGUUCAGAAGGAAUGCAAAUAAAUAGUGUUUUUUUUCAAAUUCACUUCAAAUUACACAUUUCUCAUAAUAGUCAAUGCAAAGACACCUAGAAUUAAUUACUUCCACUUUUUAGUGAUAAGGACAUUCCUAAUCGCAGUAAGAUCCUAGCCAAUAAAUUGAGUGCCUCUGAUUUUCUUUGGACUACCAUACAUACUAUUUUGAUUUUAUCUAUAUUCGAUUUGUUUGAAUUCGAAAACUUGGUUGAAAAACUCGGAUUUCCCCGAGAAGUAAAAAUUUCUUUAAUCACUCCUAAUCGAAACGAUUUUUUUGCUCAAUCAUUGAGAAAAACAAAUUUAGGUCUAACAUAGCACUGCUUUCAAUUUUCACCACCGUUUUCCUGAAAGAAGAUUGAUACAAUUUUCGGGAAUUUAAAAAUAAUAAUUCAAUUUUAAUUAUUUCUGUGCAGUAGUUCGGUCGAAUAUCGUUCAAAUCAAGACGUGUCAGAUCAGACUCAUAUCAAUGCCAAUGAAUUUUAAUAAAUUAUUCAUGAUUUUCAGAAAUGAAAGGAAAAAUGAUGAAAUACAUAUACCAAUGAAAUGUACGCGAUGAUAUUUUCAGUUUCAAUUCAAUAAUCCCGAAUAGACAACGACAGUAAAGGAAUUCAUUUAUUCGAGGAAAUCGAAUGCAUGGAAAUCCCUUUCCGGUGAAUGAUCCAUCAAAAAUUCAGGAUUGAUUUGUGUUAUAUCAACAUCGUGGAAAAUAUUAACAUUUACUGCAUUGAACUUUCAAACAAAAAAAAUAAUAUUUUACAUUGAUAGUAUCAAUAAGGUUAAAUAUUAUUUGGUAAGGAUUUCCAUGAUUUCAAUAUUUCAUCGCCUUCGUGUAGAAAACUUCAAAUUUAUUUCCAAGAAAAAAUGUAAAAAAUUUAAUAAACUGCAACAGAGAUCGUUAGUGUCCCACUUAUGAAAA